CUCUAUCUAUCUUAGUCUCCGGCUGUGCUUUCAAAGGGAGCGGAGUGCGUCCAACUUCCCUUGCUCCAUUUAUGCCACGGUCUUGUGUUUUACUGCCCUUUGUCCGCCCCAGCGUACGCAGACAGCCUGCCUACAGACUGCUGGAUCAGGAGAGUCUCAUGGAAGGAAGGAGGGGAAGGAUGCUCUCGCUGCUGCAGCCCUUGUUUCAAUUAGCAUGAAUUUCACAGCAGUGGCGUCGGUCCGAGCCAGCCAGCCAGCAGUCUGCGCCGGAGCUCCGAGAGGACUGCUUCUUCCUCAGACCAGCGUCUGGGAAUCCACGGACUGAGAGGGAGAGACCCGGGAAGCUCUUUCCAUCUUAAGUGACAUAAAGGAAAGGAUACUGUGUGAUAUUGAGUGGGAAGGAGACUAGGAGGAUUUGGAAGGAUCGGUACGCUGUGAUGCGUUUCAGAGCUGGAGGGGAAAAAGGAUCACUUGGAUGCUCUCUUUGCGUUUGGGUGCGAUUCUACUCCCUCUGAAUCUGUAUACGCGCCACUCUCCACCCCAGCUUGGUUCUCUCCUGCAGGGGAGAGGGAUUCCGAGUGUCUAUAGUAUAUCUGCCUUUUCUCUUUCUCUGCCCUGCACUCGUUUUCCACAUCCCUUGUUUUCCUCUACUCUCUGCAGACAGCUCUGCUCUACGCUGUCGUUCCUUCAGGGAUUUGAAAAGCCUGGAAGCUGGAUUCAGCUGCACCUCCGUCGUCUUGGCACUGCUCUAGCCCUCUCUCCAUCACUCUAUCAAUUUUUUGCCUUUUGUUUUCUGAUGUGAGAGGCUUCAUCCAGCAAACUGUGGGGAUGGUGGUCGUUUUUUUAACCACACCGAGGGCUCAGGCUCUGGAUCGAGAAGGUUUGUAGUGGAAAACUUCAGUUCUAUUGACAGCAAACUGGGUUAUUGAGUUGUAGCUGAGAAAUACAUUUGUGUUGAUUAGUCUUAUAGUUUUACCUGAUUUACCAGUUACUGUUUAGGCUUCCACCGCUAGUGAUAGUUUAUUUUGUGGCGCUUAGCAGGGUGCCUUAAUUAAAGUCCUUAGUCGGCAGCGGGGGGGGGGUCUUUUUUUUUUGGGUGCUGUUGUUUUUUGGGUUUAGUUUUUUUGGGGCUCUGGAGGAUUGCAUAGGAAUAGGGAAUAGGCUCCUGGGAGGAUUUAGCCGCAGGACUCACUGAAGGAAUUUUCCGUUUUUUUUUCUUCUUGCUCCUUUUUGGAAGGAUUUCGCUUUUUAUUUUCCCUGAACAAACCUUUUUUCCCUGCAGUGUUUUUGGGAUCAUCGUCUUCGGGAGGAGGAUCCUGUUUUUUAUUUCAUUCUCUGCUGAUUGUUUGGUUUUACAAAUAUAUAUAUUUUUGCCCCACACUGGCAAGCUGGGGAUCAUGGGCCCUGGAUCCAUCUGAGAUGUCAUCUUCCUGUUCCUGUCGUGCGGAAGGAAGUUGGAGGGGCAUGCUGCUCCCAUUGAGCUCCGCCCCUGUGCUUCGGUUGGUCCUGGAGGUGGGUGGAGGACUGCUGCUAGUGCAGCGGCCCGUGGCGCCCCUGGUGUGGGCCAGCCCGGCCUGCCUGUUCCGGCUGGUGCUUUCCCUGGCCCUGCUGGCCUUCCCCUGCCCUGCCGUGGCCGCCCGCGUCUCCUCCAGCCUCAGCACCACCCACCAUGUCCACCACUUCCACAACAAGCAUGGCACUGUGCCCAUCGCCAUCAACAGGAUGCCCUUUCUCACGCGUGGGGGCCACGCUGGGACAACCUACAUCUUUGGGAGAGGAGGAGCCCUCAUCACAUACACCUGGCCCCCCAACGACCGGCCGAGCACACGGGCAGACCGGCUGGCGGUGGGCUUCAGCACGCAGCUCAAGGAGGCCGUGCUGGUCAGGGUGGAGAGCGCAGAGGGACUGGGAGACUACCUGGAGCUGCACAUAGAACGGGGAAGGAUCGGCGUCAUCUUCAACGUGGGAACGGACGACAUCAUCAUCGAGGAGAGCGCGGUGAUGGUGAGCGACGGCAAAUACCACGUGGUGCGCUUCACGCGCAGCGGCGGCAACGCUACCCUGCAGGUGGACAGCCAGCCCGUUAUCGAACGCUUCCCCACAGGGAACUUUGAUAAUGAACGCCUGGCUAUUGCUAGACAAAGAAUCCCAUACCGACUUGGUCGGGUAGUUGACGAGUGGCUACUCGACAAAGGUCGACAGUUGACCAUCUUCAACAGCCAGGCGUUCAUCAAGAUUGGCGGUGGUGGCGGCGACAAGGCCCGUCACUUCCAGGGCCAGAUCUCGGGACUCUAUUACAACGGGCUGCAGGUGCUCAAGCUGGCGGCGGAGAGCGACCCCAACGUGCAGGCCCAGGGCAACCUGCGGCUGGUGGGCGACGUGCCCUCUGUGCUCACCACGGACACCACCAGCACCACGCCGCUGGCCGACAUGUCCACCACCAUCAUGGAGACAACCACGACCAUGGCUACCACCACCACCCGCAAGCAGCGCUCGCCCACCAUGAGGGACAGUGUCACACAGAACACGGAUGACCUGUUGGUAGCGUCUGCUGAGUGUCCCAGCGAUGAUGAGGACUUGGAGGAGUGCGAGCCUGGAAAUGGAGGUGAAUUAGUGUUGCCCAUAAUAACGGUGGACUCCCUAGACCCCCCAUCCAUCGCCACCCGCUACCCCGUAAUCCCCCCGCCCCCCACCUACCGCCCCCUCUUCCCCUUCCUCGAAACAACCAAAGAGUCCCUCCCCCUGCCCAACGGUCGCCCCCCCUGCCCACUGGAUCAGGAGGACUGCGAGGAGGCGGGGCCCAUCGAGGUGUCCGCCUACGGCUCGGGCGAGAUGACCGAGUCAGACGACGAGGACUAUUACAAAAACUCCCCCCUCGUCACCGACAGGACGGUCCUCCCCCCUCCCCCCAAUGAGGGCGGCGUCCAUAACCCCCGCGACCGUCACUUCUCCCACCGGCCCCCCAACUCCCACCACCCCCCCCUGUCCUCCACCCCCACAGCCAACCCCAACCAGCUAGGCCCCAGGCUCAACAAGCCUGGCAGCAGCAGCAAAAACCCUGCCGGCAAGAUGAACACCCGGGACCAGGUGCUGCUGCCGCCCGCCCACCCCUCCUCCGACCCUGACCGCCACCGCCACGUCCCAGGCAUAACCUACCCUCCCAAUUUCCCCCAUGUGCCCAUCCCAGACCCCACGUCCCCAGAGAGAGGAGGGCCUCCCGGCGCAGUAGAGGUAAUCAGGGAGUCCAGCAGCACCACGGGCAUGGUGGUGGGCAUCGUGGCGGCCGCUGCCCUCUGCAUCCUCAUCCUGCUCUACGCCAUGUACAAGUACCGUAACCGGGACGAGGGCUCCUACCAGGUGGACCAGAGCCGAAACUACAUCAGUAACUCGGCCACGCAGAGCAACGGCACCCUGGUGAAGGAGAAGCAGCCGGGCACAGCCAAGACAACCACCAAGAACAAGAAGAACAAAGACAAGGAGUACUACGUCUGAGACCAGCCAGAGACAGAGGACGAAGGGAGACGCACAGAGAGAGACAGGAAGGGAGGGAGAGAGUGGAGAGGGGAGAGAUGGAGGUAGAGGAAGGAGAAAGGUAAGGCAGUAUAUGACCUGAGAACUGUAAAGUAAGUAGUAACAUCUUUGUUGGCAGAGUUUUAUUUUGUUUAGUAUGUAGGUUACCUUGCUGCCAAAAUGACCUCCUCGCGUUCCUCCUCAACCCAUUUAGAGCCUAAAGCAGAGGGAGAAAGGAUGGGAUUGGCACAGACACCUUUUUUUACAUCUUCAUUACAUCUACACACAGUCCUAUUUUUUCACAACUAUUAAAAAUAUUAUUGCGAUUUUUCUUCAGUACAGUAAUAUUCUUUCUCACAUAGCCUCAUAAACUUUUCUUUGAAAACACAGACAGACAAAGUCUUGACUACAAUGUCUCGCUCAAUACAAUAUAAUUUUGUGCCAACAGCCAUACCCAGAUCUCAUGCUACAAUGGAGCUAGCUAAUCCAGCACUGUUUAAAGGGUAUUGUAUUGUACAUAGCCUACAAUCAGAGUUAAGCAUGGUGAUUGACUAUAGAUAGACACAGCGAAGGAAGAACCACCAUCAGUGUUUGAGCAGAGGCCUAUUCGUCUGUAUCAGAGGUUAAGUAUCUGGUCUAAAUAGCUAAAAAGCUAACAUAUUAAAUCGUAAAUGUAUUGAUUCUAUCUACUAGAUGGGUUUGUAUUGGAAAUUGAAACCCCACUGCUAGCCAAGUACAGUAACACCAAAAUACUGCCAACAAACAGAAACUAGGUGUCAAAUCUGCCUCCUUCCCUCAUCCAAGUAUUCAAACUUCACCUCACUUGUCUCUCGUGAAGUCUCUCCCUCUUUCUCUCACUCCUUCUCUCACUCGUGAGCGUCUUUUUCUGUCCCUGUCUAUGGUCCUGAGGAGCUGAUGCAACAUUAUUCUGCUGUGUUUCAAGCAUGUAGUAUUCAUUUCCGAAAAAUAUAAACUUUCUGUGGAGAAAACACAAAAAAUGAUGAUGAUAACGUUUAACUAGCAAACCACGUGUGAGAACAACACCUUGAACCAACCAACGGAUGCUACGUUUUACGUUUUAGCCGCCAAAACAACUACUGAGGCCAAAACCCUAGGUCGUCUUUCAGUUUUCCAGCAGAUAUCCUUAAUGUGUUUUUCUUGGGGGCGCCACACAGCAUUUCCCCCUACUGAGCCCACUACCGCAGAGGAUGUGGCUCACGUCGUUACAGUCCUAUCACACACAGACCAGAAACCAACCUCCAGCAGACAACCUGACUUUGUUCUAUAUAAAUAUAUAUAUGUAUAGACGUUUCAGAGAAAAAACCCUAUGGACCUAACUGAGAGUGUAUCAUAAGAGGAGAAAUGCACCCUAAUGCUCGCGCAUCAGUGGACUGUGUGGACGGACGAUGAUGGACAAUUGAUACUUGACGUGAGACCGAUUUCCCCCACCAAUCCCCUUAAUCAUGCACACUUUGACCAACAUUCAACGACAGUGGGAAACGCAGCCCCACUAAGGUGGAGUUUAAAAGGAAGAGUGGGACAGUGUUUUUUCGUUUGCUGUUUUUGUUUUUUAGUUUCUUUCCCUGAAAAAUGAGAGACAUUUGAUGGAAAUUGUGAAUUAAUUUGCUGGAGUCCCACUGUCGCCCCCUAGUGUUGGGGAGAAAGUGUACGCUACCUUGGAUCUGCGUUCUUGCCUCUCAUUGGUCAAGACUGAUGACAGCCAAUGAGGGCAAGCACAGUGAAACAGGUUCAAUGGAGAGAAAAAAACACAGAUCAAGGCGAACAGCAAGUUCCCUUGCAGAUGUACAACAAGAACUCUAGUAUUCCAAUUUUCUCAACUCUAUUAAAAAAGAAAACUGUACCAUGAAAAGAAAAGAAAAACCUUCAAAAAAAGUUUGUGAAAUGUCUAAAUAUUUGAAUCUCAUCCCAUUACUAAGAAAAUGUGUUUUCCCUAUUACCAUUCCUGUUCGGAGAAAAAAUAUGACAAAGAUAAUCAAUUCUGGGAAAUUUAAAAUGUAUAUGUUAUUUUUCGGUAAUUAAGCAAAUGUGAUUUGGGUUACAAACAUUAAACCUCUCCUCCAUCCCUCCUACUGCCAUCUCAAUCCAUUCUUGUCCCAUGUCCAUCCCUCCAUCCCUCAUCACCCUUUUCUCACAAUGGCAGAUUGUAUGUAACCAUUUAACUGAAGACCGCACAAGGUCUCAACCAUCCACUAUUUUCUAUUGUUUUAUUUCUAUCUCUAUCUAUAACUGCUAGAUCAAAAUGGCCGCCAUGUCUGGAGACUGACUCCAUCCCACCAAUCUUUUUCCUCAUCCAGUUUGUCCGGUUUCUCUUUCAAUCCAUUGCGAAACGAACCAUCCUCCUCCUCCCAGUAUCUUCCUGUUCUUUCUAAAUGUUAUUGUAAAGUGUUCCAGUGAGAUUACUCUAAAUAUGUGUACAUUAACAGAGGGGAAUACACUUGGUUAUAUACUUCUUCUA